UUCAUUUUACAUAAACAAGACACACAAUAAAAAAGAGAAGGAGCAAUAAAAUAAAAGAAGAAAAAAAAAAACACAUCCAGAAAAAAAUAAAUUUUAACAUUUUUUUUUAAAAAUUCAUACAAAUUAAAAUGGCAAAAGCUAUAAUGCUCCUCUCUGCUCUUUGCAUUGUGGCCCUUGCUAACUUUGCUAAUUGUCAUCACCCUGAGACCUUUGAUGUUGAAGGCAUGGUAUAUUGUGACACGUGUCGCGUUCGAUUCGUGACAAAUAAAAGCGAAAUUAUUGAAGGCGCGACGGUCAAGUUGCAGUGCAGGAGCAUCAGCACUGGUGUUGAGACCUUCACAACAGAAGGCACAACAGACAAGGACGGAAAGUACAAACUAACAGUUGAAGGUGACCACCAAAAUGACAUUUGUGAGGUGACAGUAGUAAAGAGCCCAAGAGAAGACUGCAAAGAGAUUGUGUCUGCUUUUGAAAAGGCAAGAAUUGAGUGCAGUGACAAUGUUGGCAUGCACACUGAAGUCAGAUAUGCCAAUCCACUCUUCUUCAUGAAGACUCAAGCUGUUGAAGGAUGCCCAGAGACUCUUGAAGAGUUGGGUUUAUCCCCCCUUGAAUACUAAGUCUUCUUAAUGUUUUUUCCUAAGUCAAGAGAAUAAUCAAAUAAAUAAUGAGGAAAGAUAGAUUUUCUUGUUUAUAAUAUGUAUUCUUUCAUGGAAUCAAAAAGUUUCAUGUAUUUGUUUAAUGAGAAAAUCUUGAUCAUAUUUUAAGAAA